AUGAGGGAGGAAACAUUCAGGUCAUACACACAGGCGCAAGGAGAAUCUUACGCGACAGGGCGUCCGGGUUAUUCUCCAAAGCUCUUUCAAACCAUCAUCGAUCACCAUGUUGCCACGGGUGGCGAGCUCGGCCUUGUCGUCGACGUUGGCUGCGGUACUGGCCAAGCGACGCAGAGCCUGGCUCCCUUCUUUGCUCAGAGUAUCGGCCUCGAUCAAUCAGAGGGCAUGAUUAAUUCGGCGCGUGCUUCCAUCAAGUCGCCCACCACAUCUCUGCGUUUCGAGGUCUCAGCCGCCGAACUCCUGGGCGCGGAUCUGGAGAGCCCAAUUGCCGAAAACAGCGUCGACCUGCUGACUGCCGCUACAGCAGCUCACUGGUUCGACAUGGGCGGCUUUUGGCGUCGCGCAGCACGUGUGCUCAAGCCAGGAGGCACCGUCGCGCUGUGGGCAAGAACACGCGCUUCAGUGAACCCGGUCUUGACACCAAACGGCGCUGCCAUUCAGACCGAAAUGGAUAAAUUUAUCCGUGAGGAAAUAGGGCCCUAUGCCGUGGUCGGGAACUCAUUGACGCGCAAUCUCUACAUUGACCUGCCGCUACCUUGGGCUCUUGGUCCUCCUGCAACAGAAUUCGACAAUGAGACUUUUUACCGAAAAGAGUGGAACAAGGAGCUAGAUGGUCUGGGGUCUGAUGACAUGGGCACGUCAAUGACACUCAGCACCAAGGAAUUUGAAAUGGCAACGGCGACAAGCAGCUCUGUCACGAGAUGGAGAGAAGCACACCCUGAAGAGGCUGGGACCGAGGAAGACGUGGUGAGAAGAAUGACAAGGCGUAUAGAGGGCCUCUUGCACGAGGCCGGGGUCAAGCCUGGAGAGGAGUUCAUUCACGGUGAAGUGGCAAUCAUUUUGCUGAUGGUGAAGAAGCGAUCAUGA